GAGCUCUUCGCAGAGUUUGGGACCUUGAAGAAGGCAGCUGUGCACUAUGACAGGUCUGGCCGCAGUCUAGGCACAGCGGACGUGCAUUUCGAGAGGAAGGCAGACGCCCUGAAAGCGAUGAAGCAGUACAACGGAGUCCCCUUGGACGGGCGCCCCAUGAACAUCCAGCUGGUCACGUCACAGAUCGACACACAGCGGAGACCAGCGCAGAGUGUAAACAGAGGUGGCAUGACCAGAAACCGUGGUGGUACAGGAGGAUUUGGUGGUGGAGGAGGCAACAGGCGAGGUACUCGUGGCGGGAACAGAGGGAGAGGCAGAGGAGCCGGAAGAACUUCCAAACAGCAGCUCUCCGCAGAAGAACUAGAUGCACAGCUGGAUGCUUACAAUGCCAGG